CAGUGUGGAUGCAGCUCAGAAGUCACCAGCCAUGUCUGCCUUUCACCUCACACUCUUGCUUUUAGCAGUGACCGUGGCCUCCGUGGCUGGAUCCGCAACCCAACGGGGUAAAAGGUCACUAAAGGACCUGCACGGAAUGAUCAAAUGUACCACAGGGAGAAACUAUAUUGACUAUAGUUCGUACGGCUGCUACUGUGGAGGCGGGGGGCAUGGCAAGCCUAUAGACCAGACCGACCGGUGCUGCUUCGACCAUGGCUGCUGCUACGCUCAGGCCCAAUCAGAGGGCUGCAAGACCGACACGGACUACGACUGGUCAUGUAGAGACAGGACGGCUCGUUGUGGAAUCACUGAUGACAAGUGUAAGAAGUGGGUCUGCCACUGUGACCAACAAUUCGCCAACUGCCUGAAAGAUGCACCCUACAAUUGGACCCCAGGCUGGCCGAUCUCCCAGUGCUCUAAAAUCCAACCAUUGUGUGUCUUUAAAGGAAAAUGAUCUUGGUAGUCAAUGAAGACCAAUAGUAGCCACAUCCUUACAGCAAUAGUUUAUUCCUUUAAUCAAUGUGUGGGACACUGCAUUUAUUUUGGUGUGUGUGGGAAUAUAACACGCUUUUGGGCAAACGGGAAGGUACUGUAUUUGUAUUUUUAACAUUCUGUUUUGCGCUUUCAUCGCUCUGAGUACAAUUACAAGCUGUGAUCAAUAAACAAACAUAUAGAUGGAUGUUGGCAAAAUCAAGGUAAAGUGUGUUUUUCCUUCAGGAAUGUAAAACAACAGCAAAUUGAAAUUAA